AGGAGGGACAGAGGAAUGGGGAAGGCUGCACAAAGGAAUUCCUCACACCAAGCCCCCUGGCCGCCAGCUCCGGCGGCUGGCGAGUAAAGAGCCCACCUCCUUUCCCGCUCCCUCGCACCCAUCUGGCUGGGCUCUGGCCACAGAGCUUCUUCAGGCCUGCCGAGAGGACCCACACUUCUUCCUGUAGGUGGCAACAGUGACACCUGUUUGAUCAGUGAGGCUGAGCCAGGGACUGCCAGAGGGAGGAGGCAGACUACUCGGAGAGGAGCUGGGAAGCAGAGCUGCGCACUCCCUGAGUACAAGGUUCCGUAGUAGACUUCUCACCUGCUUCAAACCGUCCACCUACUCGCGUAGAAGCACAGGCCCAUGACCAGCCCAGUGUGUGGAUCAGCUUGGUCUCAGCCAUACUCAGAAGCACAAGGUCUUCACCAUGACGGAGUCUCCCGGCUGCUGCUCCAUCUGGGCCCGCUGCCUCCAGUGCCUGUAUAGCUGCCACUGGAGGAAAUAUCCUAAACAGAGGAUGCAAACCAGCAAGUGCGACUGCAUCUGGUUUGGCCUGCUCUUCCUCACCUUCCUCCUGUCCCUGGGCUGGCUGUACAUCGGGCUCAUCCUUCUCAAUGAUCUACACAACUUCAACGAAUUCCUCUUCCGCCACUGGGGUCACUGGAUGGACUGGUCCCUGGUACUCUUGCUGGUCAUCUCUCUCCUGGUCACAUAUGCAUCCUUGCUAUUGCUCCUGGGCCUGCUCCUGCAGCUCUGUGGCCAUCCUCUGCAUCUUCACAGUCUCCACAAGGUGCUACUGCUCGUCGUUGUGCUUCUGGUGGCCGCUGGCCUGGUGGGACUGGAUAUCCAAUGGCGGCAGGAGUGGUACAGUUUACGGCUGUCCCUGCAGGCCACAGCCCCGUUCCUUCACAUCGGAGCAGUUGCUGGAGUCACCUUCCUGGCCUGGCCUGUGGCUGAUACCUUCUACCGUAUCCACCCAAGAGGCCCCAAGGCUCUACUACUGUUCCUAUUUUUUGGAGUCACUCUGGUCAUCUACUUGGCCCCCAUAUUCAUCUCCUCCCCCUGCAUCAUGGAACUCAGAGACUUACCCCCCAAGCCUGGGCUGGUGGGACACCGAGGGGCCCCCAUGCUGGCCCCCGAGAAUACCCUGAUGUCCCUGCGGAAGACAGCUGAAUGUGGAGCUGCUGUGUUUGAGACAGAUGUGAUGGUCAGCUCUGACGGAGUCCCCUUUCUCAUGCAUGAUGAGCGGCUGAGCAGGACCACCGAUGUAGCCUCUGUGUUUCCAGAGCGAAUGUCAGCUCACAGCAGUGACUUUUCCUGGGCUGAACUGCAGAGACUCAAUGCCGGAGCCUGGUUCCUAGAGAGACAGCCGUUCUGGGGGGCCAAAGAGCUGUCAGGCCCUGACCGGCAGGAGGCUGAGAAUCAGACAGUACCAGCAUUAGAGGAACUACUGAAGGAAGCGGCAGCCCUCAACCUCUCCAUCAUGUUUGACUUGCGCCGACCCCCAAGAAACCACACAUACUAUGAGACGUUUGUGAAUCAGACACUGGAGGCUGUGUUGAAUGCAAGCGUGCCCCAAGCCAUGGUUCUUUGGCUGCCGGAUGAAGAUCGUGCUUAUGUGCGGCAACGGGCGCCCAGAAUGCGCCAGAUCUACGGCCAUCAGGGUGGUAACGGGACAGAGGGGCUCCAGUUUCUCAACCUACCCUAUCAAGACCUGCCAGCGUUGGAUAUCAAGGCACUGCACCACAACAAUGUCUCCGUGAACCUAUUCGUAGUGAACAAGCCCUGGCUCUUUUCCCUGCUCUGGUGUGCAGGGGUAGACUCAGUCACCACCAACGACUGCCAGCUGCUACAGCACAUGCGUUACCCCCUCUGGCUUAUUCCCCCUCAAACUUACUUAAUGAUAUGGAUCAUCACCAACUGUGCCUCCAUUCUACUGCUUUCAUGUAUCUUCCUCCUCCGAGGGAGAUGUGCUAAGAGAAACAGAGCUGGCUUAGAAACAGCCGUGCUGCUAACCAAGAUCAACAACGUCACGGCGGAGUGAAUGCCCAACCCAUGCUCCCAUCAUCUGCAGGCUAAUGCCGGUGUGCACUGGCCAAGGGGAAAGCAAGGAGCCGAAGUGGAAUGUCCCGGAAGAAAAUGUUUGCAGGAGGGGAACGUGGCUUUUGAACUAAGAGGGCCCUCUGUCCAGAUGGUGGGCAUGUCUCAAGCUGCCAUGGAAUUCGCUGCCUCUGAUAUUUUGACAAAAAAAAAUUAGUUGGAAAGACAGUGAGUGACAAGAAGUUACUCCCCAAAUGAAAUUCAAACAGGGAAGUGAGAGAGAUUGCCAAGAUAAUGCCGUGGGCCUGUGUGCACAUGUGCUUGGGUAGAAGACGCGGGGUGUGUCAGGCUGAGAUAGCUCAGAAUGAUGACUGAAGGAAACAUGGCAAAAUGGCCUUUCCUGGAGUACUUUAAGAUGAGGAAGACAGUCCCCACUCUAUGCCCUUUCUCUCCUCACCCUCUCAAUUUAGCUCCUUUCCUGCCUACAGGUUGGGAGCUAAAAAGCUCAUUUAGCAACGCAAUUCUGUGCCUACGGUGGCUUUUUGUUGUGAGCAAUGAAUGGUUCCUGUAUCUUGCCUGUUAAUCUGGUAUUCAAUGAAUUUUUAAUUGUCA